UUACACAUGGGAAGCUGUUGAUACCAAAAAUAGCAUGCUGUACAAAAUCAACCUCUGCGGAAACGUGGGCAUUACGGAGUGCGGGCCAUCCAGUGCCGUCUGUCUGCACAACUUGAAGACAAACAACUACCAGUCAGUGGGUGACUCUGCUUUGAAAAGUGCAACUCGAUCUCUUCUGGAAUUCAACACAACCCUGAGCUGCAGGCAGCAAAGCACUAAUCACAAAGUCCAGAGCAGCAUCACCUUUCUGUGCGGGAAGACCCUGGGAACUCCGGAGUUUGUCACUGCCACGGAAUGCGUGCAUUACUUCGAGUGGAAGACUGCUGUAGCCUGCAAGAAGGACACAUUUAAAGCCAUCAAGGAGGUGCCGUGCUAUGCAUUUGACGCAGCGUUACGGAAGCAUGAUUUAAACCCACUGAUCAAGAUCGGUGGGGCCUACUUGGUGGACGACUCCGAUCCCGACACAUCUCUGUUUAUCAACGUUUGCAGAGACAUAGACUCGCUACGGGACUCAAGUCUGCAGCUGCGUGGCUGUCCCCUGGGCACUGCUGCCUGCCUGCUGAAAGGAGACCAGGCAUUCGACGUCGGCCAGCCCAAGGAGGGGCUGAAGCUAGUGAGCAAGGACAGGCUUGUCCUCAGCUAUGGGAAGGAAGAGGCAGGAAGGCUGGACUUCUGUGAUGGCCACAGCCCAGCGGUGACCAUCACCUUCAUCUGCCCGUCGGAACGGAGAGAGGGCACCAUUCCCAAACUCACUGCCAGCUCCAACUGCCGCUACGAGGUGGAGUGGGUCACCGAGUACGCCUGCCACAGGGACUACCUGGAGAGCCAGAGCUGUACCCUGAGCAGCGAGCAGCACGACGUCGCCGUCGACCUCAGCCCCCUGGCCCAGGACAGGGGCUCACACUACACAUCGGAGGGGACGGAGUACAGGUUCUACCUGAAUGUCUGCGGCGAGAUGGAAGCCCCGAUCUGUAACAAGAAAGAAGCUGCCGUGUGCCAAGUGAAGAAGAGCGACUCCACCCAAGUCCGAGUAGCAGGAAGAUACCAGAAUCAGACCCUCCGGUACUCUGACGGAGACCUCACCUUGAUAUAUUUUGGAGGUGAAGAGUGCAGCUCCGGCUUUCAGCGGAUGAGUGUCAUAAACUUUGAGUGCAAUCAAACUGCAGGUAACAAUGGGAGAGGUGCUCCCGUGUUCACCGGCGAGGUCGACUGCACCUACUUCUUCACGUGGGACACGGCGUUCGCCUGCAUCAAGGAGAAGGAGGACCUCCUCUGCAGCGCCACGGAUGGGACGAGGCGCUACGACCUGUCCGCGCUGGCUCGCCACUCAGAAUCAGAACAGAAUUGGGAAGCGGUGGAUGGCAGCCAGACGGAGACAGAAAAGAAGCAUUUCUUCAUCAACGUGUGCCACAGGGUGCUGCAGGGAGGCGAGGCGCAGGGCUGUCCUGAGGAGGCCGCAGCCUGUGCCGUGGAUAAGAAUGGAAGUAAAAAUCUGGGAAAAUUCAUUUCUUCUCCUACAAAAGAGAAAGGAAACAUUCAGCUCUCUUACUCAGAUGGCGAUACUUGUGGUCAAGACAAGAAAAUAAAAACGAACAUAACACUUAUAUGCAAGCCAGGUGACCUGGAAAGUGCGCCUGUGCUGAGGACCUCUGGGGACGAUGGCUGCUUCUACGAGUUUGAGUGGCACACGGCUGCGGCCUGCGUGCUGUCGAGGACGGAGGGCGAAAACUGUACGGUCUUUGAUUCCCAGGCAGGGUUUUCUUUUGACUUAUCUCUGCUCACAAAGAAAAACGGCGCCUACAGAGUUGAGACAGAGAAGUACGACUUUUACAUAAACGUGUGUGGCCCGGUGUCCGCGAGCCCCUGCCCGCCAGACGCAGGAGCCUGUCAGGUAGCAAAAAGUGACAGGAAGGCUUGGAACUUGGGGCUGAGUAACGCCAGACUUUCGUACUAUGAUGGGAUGGUGCAGCUGAGCUACAAGGAUGGCACGCCCUACAACAACGAGAAGCACACGCCCAGAGCGACCCUGAUCACGUUCCUCUGUGACCGCGAGGCUGGAGUGGGUUUUCCUGAAUAUCAGGAAGAACACAACUCCACCUACAACUUCCGGUGGUACACCAGCUACGCCUGCCCGGAGGAGCCCCUGGAGUGCGUGGUCACUGACCCAUCCACCUCGGAGCAGUACGACCUGUCCAGCCUAGCAAAAUCUGAAGGCGGUCGUGGAGGAAACUGGUUUGCCAUGGACAACUCAGGCGAGCAUGUCACCUGGAGGAAAUACUACAUAAACGUGUGUCGGCCUCUGAACCCCGUGCCAGGCUGUGACCGAUACGCAUCGGCUUGCCAGAUGAAAUACAAGAAAGACCAAGACUCCUUUGCGGAAACGGUUUCCAUCAGCAACUUGGGGAUGGCGAAGACAGGCCCGGUGGUGGAGGAGAGCGGCAGCCUGCUCUUGGAGUACGUCAACGGCUCUGCCUGCACCACCAGCGAUGGCAGACUGACCACCUACACCACGAGGAUCCACCUGGUCUGUGCUCGCGGGAGCCUGAGCUCCCACCCCAUCUUUUCUCUCAACUGGGAGUGUGUGGUCAGUUUCCUGUGGAACACAGAGGCCGCCUGUCCUGUGCAGACAAUGACAGAUACAGACCAGGCUUGCUCUAUAAGGGAUCCCAACAGUGGGUUCGUGUUUAACCUUAGCCCACUCAACAGCUCACAAGGAUACGUGGUCUCAGGCAUCGGGAAGACAUUUGUGUUUAACAUCUGCGGCACAAUGCCGGCCUGUGGGACCGUCGAAGACGGAAAGCCAGCUUCUGGCUGUGAAGCAGAAACCCAGACGGAAGAGUUAAAGAACCUGAAGCCGGAAAGGCCAGUUGGAUUCGAGAAAAGCCUCCAGUUGUCCACUGAGGGCUUCAUCACUCUCACCUACAAAGGGCCUUCCUCAACCAGAGGUACUGCUGACGCGUUUAUCAUCCGCUUUGUCUGCAACGACGACGUUUACCCAGGAACUCCCAAGUUCCUGCAUCAAGAUAUCAACUCAGCACGAGGAAUCCGAAACACCUUCUUUGAGUUUGAAACCGCGCUGGCCUGUGUUCCUGCCCCGGUAGACUGCCAAGUGACUGAUGCGGCUGGAAACGAGUAUGAUCUUAGCGGCUUGAGCACCACCAGGAAGCCCUGGACCGCUGUCGACACCUCGGCUGAGGGGAAGAAGAGGACUUUCUACCUGAGUGUCUGCAAUCCUCUCCCUUACAUCCCCGGAUGCCGCGGCAGCGCAGUGGGGUCUUGCUUAGUGUCCGAAGACAACAGCUGGAACCUGGGUGUGGUGCAGAUCAGCCCCCAGGCUGCGGUGAACGGGUCCCUGAGCAUCGUGUACGUCAACGGGGACAGGUGUGGAAACCGGCGCUUCUCCACCAGGAUCACUUUCGAGUGUGCUCAGAUAACGGGCUCACCAACCUUCCAGAAGCUGCUGGAUGACUGCGAGUUCGUGUUUGUCUGGAGGACGGUGGAAGCCUGUCCCGUUCUCAGGGUGGAAGGAGACAACUGCGAGGUGAGGGACCCGCGGCACGGCAACCUGUAUGACCUGAAGCCGCUGGCCUUCAACGACACGGUGGUGAGCGCUGGCGAGUACACCUACUACUUCCGGGUCUGUGGGAAGCUCUCCUCCGGCGUCUGUCCCACGGACGACAGGACCCACGCCGUCUCCUCGUGUCAGGAAAAGCGCGGGCCACAGGGAUUUCAGAAAGUGGCAGGCCUCCCUACGCAGAAGCUGACUUACGAGAACGGGUUGUUAAAAAUAAACUACACCGGGGGGGACACCUGCCAUAAGGUCUACCAGCGCUCCACCACCAUCUUUUUCUACUGCGACCGUAGCACCCAGAAGCCAGUGUUCCUGAGGGAGACUUCCGACUGCUCCUACUUGUUCGAGUGGCGCACGCAGUAUGCCUGCCCGCCCUUCGAUCUCACUGAAUGCUCGUACAAAGACGCGGCUGGCAACUCCUUCGACCUCUCGUCCCUGUCAAGGUACAGUGACAACUGGGAAGCCAUCACCGGGACAGGGGCCACUGAGCACUACCUCAUCAACGUAUGCAAGUCCCUGGCUCCACAGGCCGGCAGCGAGCCAUGCCCCCCAGAGGCUGCUGUGUGUCUGCUGAACGGCUCCAAGCCCCUGAACCUUGGCCGAGUGAGGGACGGGCCUCAGUGGAGAGACGGCGCGACGGUCAUCGUGUAUGUCGACGGCGACCUGUGUCCAGAUCAGAUUCGGAAACGGUCCACCACCAUCCGGUUCUCCUGCAGCGAGAGCCAAGUGAACUCCAGGCCCAUGUUCAUCAGCGCGGUGGAGGACUGUGAGUACACCUUCUCCUGGCCCACGGCCGCCGCCUGUCCCGUGAAGAGCAACGUGCAUGACGACUGCCAGGUCACCAACCCCAGCACGGGGCAUCUGUUCGACCUGAGCUCCUUAAGUGGCAGAGCUGGGUUCACGGCGGCCUACAGCGAGAAGGGGCUGGUCUACAUGAGCAUCUGCGGGGAGAACGAGAACUGCCUCCCCGGCGUGGGAGCCUGCUUCGGACAGACCCGGAUCAGUGUGGGUAAGGCCAGCAAGAGGCUGACCUACGUGGACCAGAUCUUGCAGCUGGUUUAUGAGGAUGGGUCCCCGUGUCCCUCCAAAUCCGGCCUGAGCUACAAGAGUGUCAUCAGCUUCGUGUGCAGGCCCGAGGCCGGGCCGACCAACAGACCCAUGCUCAUCUCCCUGGACAAGCAGACGUGCACGCUCUUCUUCUCCUGGCACACGCCUCUGGCCUGUGAGCAGGCGACGGAGUGUUCCGUGAGGAACGGAAGCUCUAUCAUCGACCUGUCCCCCCUCAUCCACCGCACUGGCGGCUACAAAGCAUAUGACGAGAGUGAGGAUGGCGCCUCCGAUACCAACCCCGAUUUCUAUAUCAACAUCUGCCAGCCGCUAAACCCCAUGCACGGGGUGCCCUGUCCUGCAGGGGCCGCCGUGUGCAAAGUUCCUGUCAGUGGGCCCCCCAUCGACAUCGGCCGGGUCUCAGGGCCUCCGAUCCUCAAUCCAGUGGCAAACGAAAUUUACUUGAACUUUGAGAGCAGCACUCCUUGCGUGGCAGACAAGCAUUUCAACUACACCUCGCUCAUUGCGUUCCACUGCAAGAGAGGCAUCAGCAUGGGAACCCCUAAGCUGCUGAGGACCAGCGAUUGCGACUUUGUGUUCCUGUGGGAGACGCCGAUCGUCUGUCCGGACGAAGUGAAGACUGAGGGCUGUGCCCUGACCGACGAGCAGCUGCUCUACAGCUUCAACCUGUCCAGCCUUUCCAGAAGCACCUUUAAGGUGACUCGAGACUCGCGCACGUACAGCGUAGGGGUGUGCGCGGCGGCGGCCGGGCCCGAUCAAGGCGGCUGCAAGGACGGGGGCGUCUGCCUGCUGUCUGGGAGCAAGGGGGCGUCGUUCGGACGGCUGCAAUCGAUGAGGCUGGAUUACCGGCACCAGGACGAAGCCGUCAUUUUAAGUUACGUGAAUGGUGACUUUUGCCCUCCAGAAACCGACGAGGGGGACCCCUGUGUCUUCCCCUUCCUCUUCAACGGGAAGAGCUACGAGGAGUGUGUCGUGGAGAGCAGGGCGAAGCUCUGGUGUGCCACCACCGCCAACUACGACCGAGACCACGAGUGGGGCUUCUGCAGGCACACGAACAGCCACCGGACAUCUGCCAUCAUCUUCAAGUGUGACGAAGAUGAGGACAUCGGGAGGCCCCAAGUCUUCAGUGAAGUCCGUGGCUGCGAGGUGACGUUCGAGUGGAAAACGAAAGUUGUCUGCCCGCCAAAGAAGAUGGAGUGCAAGUUUGUCCAGAAGCACAAAACCUACGACCUGCGACUGCUGUCCUCACUCACUGGGUCCUGGGUUGUUGGCCACGAAGGAGCCACGUACUACAUAAACUUGUGUCAGAAAGUAUAUAAAGGACCCCUUGGCUGCUCAGAAAGAGCCAGCAUUUGCAAGAAGAGGGCAUCUGGGAACAGCCAGGUCUUGGGGCUCGUUCACACACAGAAGCUGGAUGUCAAAGAUGACAGAGUUGUCGUCACUUACUCAAAAGGCUACUCGUGUGGGGGAAACAAGACUGCCUCGUCCGUGAUCGAGCUGACCUGUGCCAAGACGGUGGGCAGGCCUUCCUUCAGUAGGUUUGACAUCGACAGCUGCACCUACUACUUCAGCUGGGACUCGCGGGCGGCCUGUGCUGUGAAGCCCCAGGAGGUGCAGAUGGUGAACGGGACCAUCACCAAUCCUGUAAAUGGCAAGAGCUUCAGCCUCGGGGACAUUUACUUUAAGCUGUUCAGUGCUUCUGGGGACAUGAGGACGAAUGGGGACAGCUACCUGUAUGAAAUCCAGCUUUCGUCCAUCACAAGCUCCACUAACCCGGCUUGCUUUGGGGCCAACAUAUGCCAGGUCAAGCCCAAUGACCAGCGCUUUAGCAGAAAAGUCGGGACUUCGGAUAAAACCAAGUACUACGUGCAAGAUGGCGACCUAGACGUUGUGUUCGCCUCGUCCUCCAAGUGUGGGAAAGACAAGACCAAGUCCGUCUCUUCCACCAUCUUCUUCCACUGUGACCCUCUGGUGAAAGACGGGAUCCCCGAGUUCAGCCACGAGACUGCCGACUGCCAGUACCUCUUCUCCUGGUACACCUCGGCCGUGUGUCCUCUGGGGAUGAGCUUCGACGGCGACAGUGCUGCGGGCGAUGGGCAGGCGUACAAGGGGCUGUCGGAGAGGAGCCAGGCGGUCGGGGCCAUCCUCAGCCUGCUGCUGGUGGCCCUCACUGGCUGCCUGCUGGCCCUGCUGCUCUACAAGAAGGAGAGACGGGAGACAGUGAUAAACAGGCUGACCGGCUGCUGCAGGAGGAGUUCACACGUGUCUUACAAGUACUCCAAGGUGAACAAGGAAGAAGAGACAGAUGAGAAUGAAACCGAGUGGCUGAUGGAAGAGAUCCAGCUGCCGGCCCCACGGGCAGGAAAGGAAGGGCAGGAGAAUGGCCACAUCACCACCAAGUCUGUGAAAGCUGAGGCCCUCACCUCCCUUCACGGGGACGACCAGGACAGCGAGGACGAGGUUCUGACCAUCCCGGAGGUGAAAGUGCACUCGGGCAGAGGAGCAGGGGCAGAAAGCUCCCACUUGGCGAGAAACCCACCGAGGAAGGCGCUCCGGGAGAGGGAGGACAGCAGGGCCAGGCCCACCAGGGGAGGACCAGAGAGCAGAGCACGGCCCAGGGCCGGCCAGCCGCCGCCCUCCACCAAGCUGGUGUCCUUCCACGAUGACAGUGACGAGGACCUGCUGCACAUCUAACCCACGGUGCCUACCGGAGAGUGGGAGCCGUGGGCCAGCCAAGCACCUCCAACCAAAUAAGACUCAACUCGAUGAUGCUUCUGUAAUUUGCCUUUAACAAAAACUGUUUCAAAAGGGAAGAGUUUUUGUGACGGGGGAGAGGAUGGAGGAGGCCGGGCCGCUCCUUCGUGGUUGUUUACAGUCCCUGGAAGGUGUUGCCCCCGGUGGCGAAGGCAGGGCCGGCGCCCGGGGCCCGCGUCCUCCUGUGAAGGCAUGGCUGCUGCGCGCUCGGCCCCAGGCACCCGGGCCAGGCGCACCUCAGAACCGAGGGCUGUAUUUGCAAACGCCCCUUGCUGCUUCAGGCCCUGUAGGGUGUUGACCAUUACAUGUUAGCGUUUUAAUUCUCUCCCCCUAUUUAUUGACUUUGACAAUUACUCAGGUUUGUGACAAGGAA